GGAAGGACAACAAAAGCAGGUUACGAGCAGCAGGCCUGUUUAGGAGGAUUUCAAAACAUUUAUGGAUGAUUUUUAGAAAGUGUUCCGUGUCUUUUCUUUAAAAAGCUAAUAAAUCAUUGGCUUUUAGAACCCCCUUGGAAGAGCUACAACAUUUUACACGAAACUUCUCAUCAAAUGGCUUCUGUCUCUGAGUGUUGGUGAAUUGGACCUGCGUUGGGUGCUGUGACAGUGGAAAGGUUACAGGAAGUGACCCACUGGUGGGCCUAUCAUGAAAAAUGUCAAAUCUCUCCUUGCUGAGCCGUGGAAAUGCACAAGUGGUCAAGACCUCUCAGGAAAAGAUAGAAGUUUACUAUGAACCAGAGGAUUAUUUCAACUGGAGAUCUUAUCAGGCUUUCCAUACCCAAAGGAUUCUAAGUCCCGGUUAUGGUUCACACAAGCAUUGGGAAGUUCCUACACCCAAAACCUACAGCACCAAGAAGGGGGCCCUGGUUCUUUAUUCUGAGGAUCUGGCACUGCCAUGGUAUGGGGCACAAGGAAAGCGGUUCAAGAGGGGCCAUAAGUAUCAAAGGAAAAAGCUCAAACUUCAACUCAGCACCCUCCAGGAUUUCACUGGAGCCAUUUUGACUUACGGAAGAAAGCAGACAGAUAAUUCUGAUACCCAUUGGAAGCCAUACUUACAUUUCAUAAAUGAAGAGACAGCACCGGCAGACAAACAGAUCAGACCUGGAUAUUCACCAAAGAGAUAUCUUGCUCAUCUCUUCAAAACAUGGGACCCAAACACUUUAUACAAAUUACAACAAGCAGGAAGCCUCAGGGAUUCAGUGCAAUUUCAACAGCUUACUACCAACAUGACAGAAACCAGCAGGAGACAUCAAGACCUGUCGUCUGUUCCCUUAAAAUAUCAUUGCCUGCCUGUCUUUUCCUCUCUUCCUCUUCCCCAGUGGACUCUCAGCGAUGCUUUCACCAAUCCAGGGCGUUGUACACCUGUUCAAGAAGAGAGUGGAAACGAGGAAGAACUGGGAGACGAGGAGAAAACUGGAGGACCUAGCAAGAACUUGGACCUAUCAGUACCAUGCAAUGGGACCGUAAGAAAAGUCAGCGCAGAACCAAAAGAAAGUGUGAGAUCUUGGAAAAGACAGGGAGAACUUCUAGAGAGUCAACAAUGUGAAGAGAUUAUCACAAGUGACAGAAGUGAAUUUUCUCACAUCACGGACCCUUUUUGGAAGGACAGCAUUCCACCAACUCAAUCAAAGCCUCAUGCAACCUUCUAUGGUGGCUCUUUUUCUGGGAGAAGGCUGUACCAGCCUGGCAAACAAGAUAUAAUGAAGCAUAAAAAUGACAAAGAUGUUUCCAUUCAAGAGGGUGGAUUUUUACCUCCUAUCCUUCAGGCGCAUGGAUCAGAAUCAAAUGCCGUAAGGAACCAGAAUGUCAAGACACAGGAACCUUUAAGGUUACCUCCAAUUCUCGAAGAAACUCCUAGAGUGGCACAACCUAAUAGGAGGCUCCGAGCCUCAGAGCCACCAAAAGAGCUGCUAGUUAUCCCAUUGCUUGUUCGUUUUGAGAAUCAAAAAUCAAAUGCUGAUGAAAACUCCAAACCAAGAGAAGCUGCUAUGAAAGAGCAACACGGUCAAGGAGUGGCCAUGGAUCAGUAUGUGCAGCCACAACUGACUGACGAGGUCCAGGUUCCCUCUUUAGAGAGAAAAAUGAAAACUCUGCAGAUGGAUAUUGACUGGAAUGUAGACAAACAACAAGAUGGUGAUAUAAAUCCCAUUCCUGAAGCCCAACUGGUGGGAUCUCUGCCCCCAAUAAAUGGAAAAAAGGGACCUGGAAACCAGAGCAGCAUGGCAAAUUUAAAGAUGCCUACUGUCGGUAAUGGAAGCUCAACCCAAGGUUCCAAGAUUUUGCCCACUGGUAUAAUCCGGGGUUCUAUUCCAGAAGAACUCAAAGAGUGCUGUAAGGGCAGUUCUGUGGGCAGUCUGAUAAUGAGUCCUAAUGGAGAGAUUGUAUGCCUGUCACUUGUGGGUGCAGCACGUGAUACUGAUAUUCCUGUUCGCUUCGACUUCAUUCCAGAGCAAGAGGAAGAAGAUUGCCUUGCGCUGGAAUCCACAGGUCAGGAUGAACAAUGUCCCGGUAAUCAGAAGACAUCUGAGGAAGCUAAUGUCGGUUCAAACACAUCUUUCGACCAACCUUUGGAGGAAGAAAGCACAACUCAGGUCUACAGAGCAAAGAAACAUCAUCCACAUGUCAACAGGCUAAAUCUACAAGAAGACAAUGCAAUAUCUAGACAUCAGCCACCUAUUGGGAAGAUUAGAAGAAGGGCUGGGGAGAAAAACAAUGGAAUAAGCAUGGAGAUUAAUCAGAAGAAUGGAGAGGAUGUAAAGAAAGAAAGAACGAGUGCGGGAAGGAACAAUGUCAAGAGUGAGGAGAAGAUUGUUUAUAAGGGUGGAGAAUGUGAGACUGGAAACAGAGACCUUGGCCAGGAACUAAGUGUGCAAGAAAGUCAAAGACACAGGCAAGAAGCAGUGGAAUCUACAGAGACAGGCGCAGGAUUGUGCACACACGGAUACACAGAAAACGAACCCAUGAAGGAUGUUGUCAUAAUUCCGUCUGGACAAAGACUCUCAGAGAAUGACUUUCAAGACAUAGAGGCUUUCCAAAGCAUAGAUGAAGAAGAAGAGGACGACGAGGAGGAAGAAGAAAGUACCCCUCCAAAAACCAUGCUGAGAUCUACACCUUCCCCAGACAUGAACUUUGAAAGCAAAGCACAGGAUCAGGCUCCCGUAGUUAAAGGGCCCCACAUACCUAAAGAUUCUUUUGGGACAGUCUCAGCAAGUGAGAAUCAGCCAACAGAGCCUGCAUUGAUUGCGACAUUGCCAAGCAGACGAAAAGAGAGAAUUGAGCAGAAGCAUGAGACCAAACUGGAUAAACUGAGCACCAGAACAGACACUUCUAAAGUGACAUCACAGAACAAAAGUGAAUUUAAGGAGCAAAAGUUAGAGAAAAAUGGGAUAGGAGCAGAAGAAAUCCAAGAUAAUGAAACAAAAGCUCCCUCUUCUGUCCAGGCUGAACAACACAGCAAUCAAGUUGAGUUGAACAUUAAAGGUCCAAAUAAGCAAAACAUCUCCAAAGAGAAGACUUCAGGGAGCCCAAGGAAGCUGCCUCUGCAACCGAUCAGCAAAAGCUCAGAAAUAAUGGAUAAAGUUUCCAUUGACAAGGAGGAGAAGACAUCUGUCAUUACAGCACAAGAAGUCAAAAGGAACAUCCACAAUGAGAACCAGCCAGUGAUCGAGGAAGAGGAUAUGGUCCUAUUACAAGACAUAGCCAGCAGUAUGAAGAAAGAGACAUCAUGGGCAAAGGGGAAGAAGAGAACCAAAAGUGAAAAGACCCAAAAGGCAAAUAAAAAUCCAACCGCUGUAUCAAAGACAGCAAAGCCGGCAGGUGUAACCCAACAGGGAAAGGCUGCAUUUGUUGUAGGACAACCAAAAGAUAAGAAAGCAGAAGGAACAAUAUCCCCUCCAAAGAAAACCUUAAGACAGGUACACAGACAGGACACCAGUAAUGUAUUUCAAGACAUAGAGCGUGGAGAUAAGGAAGAAGAGGAGGAGUGUAUGAGUAUAGGUUCUAGUUCAAUGGAAAACGAAGAGAGAAACACCACACUUGCACAAUCCAGCGAUACAAUCCAUUCUGUCUCAGAAGAUGAGGUGGUACCUACACUUUCCAGCCGUGAAGCCGAUGUACCAGUUGAUAAACCCAUGGCAAGAACCCUUGAAGUACCAUUGGCGGUGUCCCAAACCAGUGACGAUGACACCGCCAACAGUGAGAUCUCAGACGCUACCAGUGGGCCCUUACAAAAGCAGAAGUCAUCAAGAGCCCGAGAGCUGUCUGAAAAAGCAGAGAGACGGAGGAUAGAGGUUGAAAAGAAGAGGAAGGAGAGGGAGGAGCAGUUAAAGCUAGAAAAGGAGCAACAAGACAGAAUGGAGAAAAUGAGAGAAGAGCUUGAACAAGAGCAGAGGAGAAGGGAAGAGGAGGCUCGCCUGAAAAAGCAGCAACAAGAGCAGGAGAAACAACGUAUGGAGCAGGAGAUGGUUAGGAAGAAGCAGCUGGAACAGCAGGCAUUGGAGAGAGCACGUCAGCAGCAAGAAGAACAUCGCAGGAAGCUGCAGGAAAUGCAAAGACGGAAACAGCAGGAGGAGCUUGAGAGAAUAGAACUAGAACGACAAAGGCAAAGAGAAAAGGAGCAAAUGGAAGCAGAGGAGCGCCUACGAUUGCUGGAAAUGGCAGCAGAAGAACGAGAGGAGUACAAGAGGAAGAAGCAGGAAAAAGAAGAGCAAGCACAGCGAGAAGCAGAGGAGAGAAGGCAGAGGGCAGAAGAAGAAGCUAAGGCUGUUAUGGAAGAAGCUCGGAGACAGGCUCAGUUGUUGGCCAAGCAGACAGCAGAACUGGAGCAACAGCUGCUGUUUAACCAAGGGCUGUGGCAGGAGUCAGUUGGCAUGGACCAAACACAGUCAAUUUCUAGACCUUGGGUAUUCUCUUACUAUGAGUUCCUGCAGCUCCUGGGGCUGCCACUCCCUGUGGAAGCGGAAUAAAGAAAAAAAUCUUUCAUGUUACUUAUUACAGCACAGUUCUAUGUUUCAACCAAAAUGUUGGCUCUUAAUGUGCAGUAAUAGAAUGUAUGUUAACUCCUUAGCAGCACAGAAGCAGACACUGAAAUCCAACCUCUAGCAUGCAUUAAACGCAUUGGUUUGGGUAAAUACCACAUGGCAAAGUAGAAACUAGCCUUACAGGCUAUAGGUUAACAGAGUAUGUGCUUGUUAUUUGUACUGUCACACAAGACCUUCCCUACCAUAAACUACCACCAAUAUGUUAAUCCCCGGUAUCUUAAACAACCACAGAACCUACUCCAGAGAAAGUAUACUUUUAUGCACCAUGUGAAAAAGUAGCACUGACACCUAAACCUUUUCAUAGACAACAUAGAAUUAAAUAGAACAAAAAUUGUCUCAUUGUUUUAAUAUAUUAAAAACAAUUU